AUGGACAGUAUGCACAAUGCAGAAAAAGUGCCGAGAUAUGUUGGUCUAGAUAGCAAGAAAAAGGAUAUACAAAGAGUAAACAGAAGAACGCCAUCGUUGAAAACACUUAUCAAAUGGAAUAUAUCCAAAGCACAAAAAAAUUAUCCUGGAAUUGACUUGAAGGGAGCGUUGCGAGAAACAGAACAGCGGUUGGACGAGGUGCACGAUGCGAAGGCUCUGGUGUCUCCAGACGCGCGCAACCUUUGUUGCGCCCUCUUGGCCUGGCAGCAGCUCGGCCACCGUAGAGCCGACAGCUUAUACAACCUCAUGCCUUGUCAGUGGGGUAGUCCUACCAAGAUGAACUUCAGCAGUUCCUUUGGGCUCGUGGUAAACCUGCCCAGAGACCCUCAAAUGCUAAUGUACCUCUCUAAUCCCAUCAUCAAAGUUCCAGAGGAAAAGUCUAAAAGAUGUUCUUGUGGCAAACCCGUCAAAAAAGUUGAUACCGCAUCAAAUAUAGCACUAAAGGGAUGUUGCCCGGACAAAAAGUGCAUGGAGCGUCUGACGAAAAUAGAGGCGGAGACGAAGGAGCUGAAAAAUCGCGCCGAGCAGUUCACGCACCGCGUGCGGCAGCGCGGUGAGCAGCUGGAGCGCGCCGAGAUGGCCUGGCGAGAUCUCGACGCGGGCUACCAGCGGCGGCUGCGGGUCGCCAAGGAUAAGGAGGAGGAGUAUCAAAAGCAGACGGCAAGAGUUUUGGAUGAGAGGAACAAAAUCAAGCUGGCAUGUUUGCCGCUGGUGGACGCGCUGAAGAAGAAAAGCUCAGUGGCGGAGAAGGAUCAAGAAACAUUGAAGCAGCUUGAGAAGGAGAUGUGCGCGCGAGCAUGCGGACGGGCCCAGCUGGCCGAAAACGUCGCGCGCGUCAGCGCACAGCUCACGGAACAUCAGUGCAAAAGUUCCCAGCUUGACAGAAACUUAGCGUGGAAAGAGGAGCAUGAGCGUAGUCAACAUCGUGCGCUGGAGGACGCGAUAGAGGUGGCGAAGGUGCUGACGCACGAGGCGGAGUGUGCGCACCGCGUGGAACUGGAGGCGCUGCGCGGGCAGGUGGCGCAGGCGUCGCAGGACUUGCUGGAGGAGGAUGCUCGCACGGCGCUCUUGAAGAAACGAAUCGAAGAUUAUAUGGAAGAAAAAAAUGGAAUGAUAGAAGACUUAGAAGGUUGUCAGACCAUGUGUGAAAAUCGUAUGGGAGCAUUAGUGAAAGAUUUGAGGAGUAAGAAGGAUAAGCUUGAUGAGUUAAAAGCUAAGGUGAUGAAAUGCCGCUGCAAAGAGCCCGUAGAGCGAGCGGUGGAGGCGAAGCGGACGCCGUCGCUGGCCGCGUUGUGCAAGUGCUCGCCGAGCGAUACCACUCAGGGAUCGUGUUCGUGUACGUCACUACGAAGUCGGCUUCUCUCGUCACUCCUUAAGAAUUUAUUUAACGGCCUAAAAUCGGAAAUGGAAACCAUCGGCUCUCAGAUGCCUUGUAACCUCUUGAAGUGUCUCGAAGACAAACAUAAUUGGGACCAAAGUACUGAAGUCAAAAAAAGCGUUCGUGCUUAUUUUUCCGGACUUUUGCUCAGUGAACUUGACAUCGCUAUUGCAACAGUAAUUGAAAGGAGCCACGCACAGUGGGUGGGUGAAUCUUGCGUUGAUAAGAUGAGGUCGUCAGUUUCACCAGUCUCCAGGCACAGCUCACGGUGGCAAGAACAUGAGCUCCAGAUGAAGACGCAGAAACUGGCUAGUGAGCUAGCCGAGAAGAUGUUCAAAGAGAGAGCGAAAGAGUUGGCCGAGCUGGCUCAAAAAGAACUACAAGAUAGUCGUCCUCCGUGCGAAUGUGACCUCAUCGACUCACCACAGAAGGCGAAUAGUUUUCAGGAGAGUGACAAGAGUAUUUGUUUGUGUCGGGACACAUGCGCUUGCUUGAACAAAACACCAUCAACUACGUCUAUCGACAAAAUUAUUAGUGUUUUAACAAAAUGGAAAGAUAAUUUAGUUGGAUCACGAGAUUGUGAAAUACAUCAACACGACAAGAAUGUUAAAUCACUAAAAGACAGUAACAAUGAAAAUGACUGUAUCUAUCCGCGGACCAAGGAUGAGAUUUCGAAUGAAGACAAGUCUGUAGAAGUUCAAAAUAAUAGCAAUGAUGUGAAAGAAUGUGUUUUAAGUCCUGAUGAACCUUGUGUAUGUUGUCCGAUAACCAACGCAGACAAUACAAACGAUUUGGAAGUAAAUGCUUUUCAAUUGUUGGAAGAACAUUUAAAAAGUAAAUUAGAUGAAUUGAGGCGUUCAGUCAGUAGAUCAUCUUACAUACCAAAAGUGGACGAAAAAAGUAUUUUGGGUGAUACUAUAGUCAAGGUUAAAAAACUUAUUACGGAAAGUGCGACUAAAGCUACCUGUAAAUGUGGUAGAAAUGACCAAUCCAGCUGUGGAAGCUGGAACAGAGCAUAUAGUUUAUUACAUGAAUAUUUGAAAACUAAAAUAGAAGAUGUAAAAUGUAUCUGUAAUUCGGUCGAAUAUAGACAGGACGAAAAUUUGGUGACGCGUGUUUUAAAUCAAAUAAGUUGCUUAAUUGAAAAUGAUUUACAGCGACUUAAAAAUAUAUGCAAAUGUAAUGAUAGGACAUUACAGACCAUCAGUAAACGGGAAUCGCAUAUAACGCAUGAACUUCAAUGUGGUAUUAAUGAUUUGUACAAUCACGAUAAUAUGAUAAUAACGAAUUCUAUUGAAAAAAAUAACAUGCGAAUGACUCAAGUGAUGGAAUCCAAAUAUCUUAGUUAUGAUAAAGGUGUUUCGUUGUCGCACAAUAAAGCAGCACAAGUUUUGCUUCAUCAUUCAGUUGACAACAAGUCAUGCAAUGCUUUAAAAAUAUCUAGUAAGUACUCUGGAGUACAAACAUUAGACGUAAUGAAAACUGAGCUUGUUACAGAUAAUUAUAUUACUAGUGAAAGUGAUGAUGUUAAACCUACCACCAACCAACAAGACAACGAUAGUUCUACCAAGAAAGCCGAGAAAAAGUCAAAUAUCUAUCCUGAUAUACAAAAUAAUGGGCUUACUAAAGAACCUACACCUUUUAAAAAAAAAGUCAUCACAGUAUUGCCUCUAGCAUUGUCAUCAGGUAACAACAUUGAUGAAAAUAGUUCCAAGAAAAAUAACCUAAUCGACGACCAAUUGCCGGAUGCAAAAAAACUGAUCCACGUCUUUAACGAAGACAACAACUUUGAUGAACCAUUUUUCGCAAAUAUUGGUUGUACAAUAAAUUGUUGCUGCGAUCGUGACUUAGGUUGUGUUUGCACAAAGUCAACAGUUCUGUCAAACAGUCAGAGGUUAAGAACACAUGAUAUAUUUAAAACAUUUACACAAAAACAAAGUGUAGUUGAGAAUGUUUCGUACAUACUAAAGAGCAAACCGAAUAAAAUGCCGAAGAAUGUAAAUUCCAUAGAAGAUCAUUCAGAGGAUGUUGACCAAAUUGAAAAAAUUAAAACGAAUAAUCUAAAUCAACGUGAAUCCAAUGUUGAGGGAAAUAUUUAUUUCGGUCGAUGUAAACAAACGGUACACGUAGUUAACGAUGAUUACAAAGCAGAAUUGGUGCAUGAAAGCAAAACAAUAGUAUGCGAGUCUGGGAUAAACACCAGCGAUCAUAUUUACUUAAAUCAAUCUACUCAAAGAUUCGAAAUAAUUAAUGAUUAUAAUGAUUCUGCUAACACUAUAAAAGAUGAAUCCUCACUUCAAUUUAAUUACAUGCCUCCUAAAUCCAAACACCGUGGCAUCCUCAAACGAAGUACACAUAAGUUAUUCAAACAUGUUCCAAUGUGCAGCAACAGUGAUACUGUACUAAUAGCUGACAAUGAAUUGCAAAAGUCGGAGCCCUUGUCCACAAAUUGUGAUUGCGCAAUGGUUCCUUUAUGUCACGUCAAAAUGCUUGUGGAAAAUAUUGGAAAUAAGCUGAUUAAAGCUGAGUGUACAUGUGAUUCGUUAAAAUCCGUCUGCCCAAUUCAUUCUUAAGAUCUGUUAUUAAAUAAA